UAAACGUCAUCACCGCUGAUGAUGCAGCAGUUUGCGGCGAUUGGGAGCAGUACAAAGAUGAACACUGCUACAAACUGUUUGACAGUUUUCACACUUUCAGCGAUGCAGAAAAACUGUGCCAAACAAACAACAGCACCUUAGUGGUGAUUCACUUUGCUGAGGAGCAAAACUUUCUGGCCAACUUCCUCUUCACUAAAAAGAAGGUAGUCGAUAACUUGUGGAUCGGUGCUAAAUUCAUCGGAAAUGGACUGUUUCAGUGGGAGGAUCACACUACGGUCAAAGACUACAGCAACUGGGCGCCCGGUUACCCGCAAAACCUGACUGACUACUGCGUGCAAAUGUCUGCCGAUAAACUAAAUCAGGGCAAAUGGACAGAUGAGCCGUGUGCCAGACGUAACCUGGUCAUCUGCCAGCGAACGCAACCGCCAUCACUUAGGCUGCUCGCUGAGACAGUCAUUGAGUUGAAACACAUUUUGCAGCAGAUUUCAGGCAAACUGGCGGAAACGGAAAAAACGUUGACCAGUAAACUUUGGCAAACGGAAAAAACGUUGACCAGCGAGCUGGCACAAACUAAUAAAAAAGUGGCAAAACUGGAAAAAGAAAGCAUCCCCAUUGGCUUCACCUACGUUCAGCUGCCCAAGGACAAAGCUCCCGCUGGAAAUACUUUUUCCGCUGAUACUCCCUGCGGCGAUUGGGAACAGUACAGGGAUGAACACUGCUACAAACUGUUUACCGGAUUACAGUCUUAUAGUGACGCGGAGAAACUCUGUCAGACCAACAACUCUAUUUUGGCGGUAAUUCACUACGCUGAAGAGCAGAUCUUCCUAAGCAGCCUCAUCUUUACUGCAAAGAAAGCAGUGGAUAACGUGUGGAUUGGCGCCAAGUACAUUGGUGAGGCUAAGGAGUUUCAGUGGGCUGACCACACAGCGGUUAAAGGUUACGCCAAUUGGGCACCUGGCUACCCGAAGAACCUGACCGGACACUGCGUGCAAAUGACCGCAGAGGAGCCAAAGGGAAAGUGGACCGACGAGCCGUGUGCUAAGCGAAAUAUGGUCAUUUGUCAACGGCAACAGCCGCUUUCCAUUAAACUGCUCACCGAGGCGGUCAUUGAGCUAAAGCACAACCUACAGCGGACUUCUAACAUCUUGGAAGAGACUAAAAACCAGUUAAUUGAAACAAAAGAAUCUGUUACUCAAUUGAAAAGGGAAGUUAUACCUAUUGGCUUCACCUACGUUCAGCUGCCCAAGGACAAGGCCCCCGUCAACUUCUUUUCUGUUUCUGCUGAUGACGCCAUUCCUUGUGGCGACUGGGAGCAGUACAAAGACGAGCACUGCUACAAACUAUUUACCGGGCUGCAGUCUUACAGUGAUGCGGAGAAGCUGUGCCAGACAAACAACAGCACCCUGGUGGUGAUCCACUACGCAGAGGAGCAAAACUUUCUCAGCAAUUACAUCUUCACCAAAAAGAAGACAGUGAACAAUGUGUGGGUGGGCGGCAGGUACAUUGGAAGCAGUCUGUUCCAGUGGGAAGAUCACACACAGCUGACCGGUGGUUUCACCAACUGGGCUCCCGGUUACCCAAAGAACCUGACUGAUCACUGCGUUCAGAUGCUUUCAGAGGAGGGCCUGGAGGGGAUGUGGGUCGAUGAGCGGUGUGCACGAAGCAAUGCCGUGGUUUGUCAGCAAAUGCCACCGCUGUCACUUAAACUGCUGGCAGAAACGGUGGUUGAGUUGAAACACAGUUUGCAACAAACGGCAAGUAAACUUGCUGAUACAGAAAAUAAAUUAGCGAAAACAGAAAAGACGUUGACUAGUAAACUUGCGCAAACUGAAACAGAAUUAAAAAAACUUAAAAAAGAAAACAUUCCCAUUGGCUUCACCUACGUUCAGCUGCCCAAGGACAAAGCCCCCGGUGAGCUGUGGCCCAGCAUGACAUGGACUGACAUUUCCAGUGAAUAUGAGGGCGUUUUCUUCAGAGUGGUCGGCGGUGGGGCAGGCAGUUUUGGAGUGGUUCAGCAGGAAAAUGCACCUCGACUGGAGAUGGUUCACACUGGUACUAGCAGUUACAAAAUAAAAGAGCUUCAUGGGGCCUACUCAAACAAUGUGAGCAUUUCUGUCACUGGCUGGAGUGACGGCUUGUGGACAGGAACUACCAAUGGCACUGCAAUGUUCAUCAAUUUCAAACACAUCGACAUUGCUGAA